AUGGACAUCGGAACAACAGGAGCCCAGUCCCUGUUCUCGUUGCCGCGGAGACCAGGCUAUGGCACGAUCGGGAAACCCAUCCGGCUCCUGGCCAACUGCUUCCAGGUGGAGAUCCCCAAGAUCGACGUGUAUCUGUAUGAGGUGGACAUCAAGCCUGACAAGUGCCCACGCAGAGUCAACAGGGAGGUGGUGGACUCCAUGGUUCAGCAUUUCAAGGUGACGAUCUUUGGAGACCGUCUUCCGGUUUACGAUGGGAAGAGGAGCCUGUACACCGCACAGCCGCUGCCCGUCGCCACCAGCGGAGUGAGACCUCAUUUACACUUGUUUAUGGUGUUGACAGCGGACAUGACGGUCUCAGCCUCUCCAUCUGAAGUCUGUGGUUGGAUCUCUGCACGGACCCGACCUGAGACUGAGACUAACUCUAGCAGUGAAAGGAAAAUAACUUAG